GAGCUCGGGCCUGCGCCUGCACUAUGUCUCCGCCGGACGCGGCAACGGGCCCCUCAUGCUUUUUCUUCACGGCUUUCCCCAGAACUGGUUCUCCUGGCGCUACCAGCUCCGGGAGUUCCAGAGCCGCUUUCACGUGGUGGCCGUGGACAUGCGUGGCUACGGCUCCUCCGAUGCACCAAGGGAUGUGGACUCCUACACUGUCGACCUGCUGACGGCGGACAUCCAGGAUGUCAUCCUGGGCCUGGGUUACUCCAAGUGCAUCCUGGUGGCCCACGACUGGGGUGCACUGCUGGCCUGGAAUUUCUCCAUCUACUACCCGUCCCUGGUUGAGCGGAUGGUGGUGGUCAGUGCUGCCCCCAUGUCGGUGUACCAAGAUUACUCAAUGCGCCACAUUGGCCAGUUCUUUCGUUCCAACUAUGUGUUCCUGUUCCAGCUUCCCUGGCUGCCCGAGAAGUUGUUGUCCAUGUCUGACUUCCAGAUCCUGAAGACCACCCUCACCCACCAUAAGAGGGGCAUCCCACGCUUGAGCCCCAAUGAGCUUGAGGCCUUCCUUUAUGACUUCUCACAGCCCGGUGGCCUCACCGGGCCCCUCAAUUACUACCGAAACAUCUUCAGGAACUUCCCCCUGGAGCCCCAGGAGCUGGCCACGCCCACCCUGCUGCUGUGGGGGGAGAAGGACAGCUACUUCGAGCAUGGGCUGGUCGGGGCCAUCAGCAGGCGCUUUGUGCCCGGCCGGCUGGAAGCCCACAUUCUGCCAGGCGUGGGGCACUGGAUCCCACAGAGCCACCCCGAGGAAAUGCACCAAUACAUGUGGGCCUUCUUACAAGACCUGCUGCACUAGUGGCCCUUGCUCACUGGCCUGCGUGCACCUGGGAGACCACACCGUGUACAUACACAGGUGCUCUCUUGGAUCAUGCACAGGGGUGGAACUCCUAGAUUGCACACAAGAGCAUCUGUGGGUGUCCUGGAGCACACCAACCCGUAUACUCACAGGCAUGAGUGUGUACCUGUGAGCAAGCACUUUGACUCCAGGAAACCAGGGAUGCCUCUACUCCAUGGACCUAAUGCUAUGUUCUCUCUCCCUUCCCUGGGGCCCCAGUUUUCUUGCCAGAAUCAGCACCCUGAAACCCUGAAAGUAAACUUUUACUUUCCUGUCCCUGGCUUCUAUCUCCAUCUAGUCUGGGUUUUCAGCUAAAUGCUGCUUUGUCCAAUACAGUACUGGUAGUCACAUCUGGCUACUUUGAUUUAAUUGCAAAUUAAUUAAAAUUAAAUACAAUUAAAAAUUCA